AUGUUGGGUUUAGAAGUACAUCGUAAACAGUGGUUGUUCUUGGUCAACUGGUCGGUCAAAGGAUCUUUGUUACUCCAUAACGUCAUAGCUGAAUACCUAAAGCUCCCCCCGCAGGAGCUUCUGCAAGACAAAAGCCAUUGGCCUGCUCUACCCUUCUCUUACAACAACCUCCAUUCCAAAAUUAUUCACAUUGAACCCCAAUCGAUCUAA